UAUUCUAUUUUGGCUGUCACUAGCGACGCCAAGGUAUGUUGUGCAGCAUGGGAUGUAUCGCACCGAAAUGUACCUUGUCCUGAUGCUCGCCAAGUAAAGAAUUUGCCGAAAUUUAAUGGAACGCCGAAAAAAACUGGAUUGUGYUCAUGGUGUUUCUCAACUACAGUGCCAAUUGUUUCCAACGCAUGCGGUCGUCUAACUUUUCAUUCGACAAUCACUCCGAUUCAAUUUUCGACCAUUGUAUUCGAUAAACUCAACCAAUCAGCCAUGUUGUUUCCGCCUUUUCGGCUUCCAGCAUAGCCGCUCCACAACCUGCCACUACUAGUACUGGGUUACGAAACCCUAUACUCGACGAGGAGAACAACAAUGUCUACAAUAAAAUUGUGAAAAAUGUUGCUGUUCCUGGGUUGAAGUGCGGAAUGGAUUACGUAAGAUUGGGAGGCGACAGUGAUUUGAUUGUUUCGAAGGUCUGCAUGGGUACCAUGACGUAUGGAAUCCAGAACACCCUGGAAGAGGGUGUCGCUUUGCUAGAUAAAUCUUUUGAUGAUUACGGCAUCAACUUUUUGGAUACAGCAGAAAUUUAUCCGAUUCCACCAAACGCAGAAACACAGGGUGAUACCGAUCGUUGCGUCUGCGAAUUUUUGAAAAAACGCAAUCGAAGCGAUGUCAUCCUUGCAACCAAAGUAGCUGGUCGGCAACCCAUGUUGAAAUACUUGCCACGGGGUGAAAAUUCAAAUCCCGAAGAAGGUGCCGACCUUACUCGCCAACAGAUCUUGGAYUCCGUUGACGAGUCACUGAAAAGACUAGGGACAGACUACAUUGAUUUAUUGCAGUUGCGUGAGUCUUUUUUGUUGUUUCUCUUCUGACUCAAACGACACCAACUCACACAACUCACAUCCUGUCUUCUUGUUUCGYCUCGUAGACUGGCCCGGUCGAAGUACGGGUGGACUCUUCGGGGCUUCYGAUUUCAGUCCCUCAGAAUACGAAGCGCAAUUUAGGAAACAUGCACCCGUCGCACUCAAGGAGCAACUGUCUGCACUGAAGGAAUUGAUCGACUCUGGAAAAGUACGGUACUUCGGGGUUUCAAACGAAACUCCAUACGGCAUUUGUGCCAUGGCAGCUCUAUCAGAUCAUUUUCCAGAGUUAUAUCCGAAAUGUGUUUCGAUUCAAAAUUCCUAUUCCUUGGUUGUUCGCAAAGAUUACGAAGCAGGUUGUGCGGAAGCCUGCUACCACCACGACGUAUCACUAUUGCCGUACUCGCCAUUGGCAGGUGGAACGUUAUCUGGAAAAUACAGAAAGGAUCUUCCCGAUGACAGCACUGCCCGUCUGACGAAGUUUCCAGGAUACAUGGCUCGGUACUUGGAAAGCGAAAAUGAAGCUGCCGUGAACGCCUACUGCGAAUUAGCCGAACGCUACAAUUUAACACCGACUCAAUUCGCUCURUCAUGGUGCUAUCACAACGAACUUGUUGCGUCAACUAUUAUUGGUGCCACAACCAUGGAACAGCUGGAAGAGAAUAUCAAAGCAUACGAUCUUCAUUUGGACGAAAUUGAUGUUGAAGAUGGCAUCAUGCUCGACGAAAUAAGCAAGAUUUAUAAGCGAUACACAGACCCCACAAAAGCCAAAAACGAUCCUCCUAAGAAAUAAUGGUCAAGAAGCAGUUUAAAACAUUUAAGGAAUGUGCCAUUUCAUCCAACUUCUUUUUAAAAUCAGCUACAGUAUCGCCUAUGUGAUCGAUUGGUCGUGCAUGAUGCUUACUGUUGAACUUAAUGACAACAAUUUUAUCAGUAUCCCUARUUCUUCACGUACAUGCAACUCAAGUGAAGGCUCGAAAGGCAAGAAAGGACAAUGCGUUUGCAGUAAAUAUAACCACAGUUA